AUGCCGAGAUGGGAUUCAGUGCUCUGCGAUUCAAUGUACUCCGGUUAUGUUCGGAGCAGCAUUGGGGAUGAGGCUAUAAAGCUUUUUGUGGUGGCACUGAGGAAGAGCGUGUUGCCUACAGAGUUCACCUUUGCAACCAUUCUCAACUCAAGGAUGUGUUUCUGUUCAACCGAUCUUGGCAUGCAAAUCCAUUGCUGGGUUUGGAAAACAGGCUUUGACGCAGAUAUGAUUGUUGCUAAUGCGCUGGUUGACAUGUAUGCUAAGUUGGGUUUCGUUGAGUGUGCCAUGAAGAUUUUUUCCAAGAUGGUUGCCAAGGACUUGGUCUCUUGGAAUACCAUGAUCAUGGGUUUAGCAAAAAACGGGCAAGGUGUAGAAGCUCUUAGAAUCUUCAGAGAGUUGCAAGGGAAUGGUGUCAAGCCAGAUAGGAUAACCCUGGUUGGUGUUCUUUUAGCCUGUAGUUAUGGGCAUAUGGUCCAUGAAGGGAAAAGAAUAUUUUCAUUGAUGGAGAAGAAAUAUGGAGUGAUGAGAGAUCUGGAGCAUUAUGCUUGUAUGGUGGACAUGAUGGGGAGAGCAGGAAUGCUGAAAGAAACAUUGAAUAUCAUAGAGACUUCACCUCAUAGUCAUAGCCUAUCAUUGUGGAACUUGCUUCUUAAUGUUUGUAGGAUUCAUGGGGACUUGGUAUUUGCCACAAUAAUUGCAGAGAAGCUGUUGGAUUUGGAGGCUCGCUUCUCUCUCCCUUACUUAGUGUUGGCUCAGAUGUAUGGAGUACGUGGCAGAUGGGAGAGCAUGGCUGGUGUGCUGAAGGCCAUGGAAGAGAGAGGUGUCAGGAAGGUUAGGGAGUAUAGCUGGAUUUGCGUUAGGAAGCAUAUCUAUGUAUUUAAGACAGACCAAUUAUUCCACUGGGAAGGUAAAGCUGUAUACUCAAUGUUGCAACUCUUGGACUGGGUGAUGAAUGGCGUGGGAUGUGUUCAUGAAGAAUCCACAUUAUAUGGGGAUUGCUGUGGAGAAUGA